AUGGCGUUCCCUCGGCUGUCUGCCUCCAUGCUGUUGGCUUCAUUGAUCCUUCUUCUCUACUGGACGACAUCCUCAGCUCGGUCAUAUGACCCCACAUCCUCCAUCCUCUCAACAUCCUACAGGGUGAAGAGAGACCAGCCUUUCGAAAACAGAGAGAAAGUGGAUAAAUCUUUAGCGGUGGCAAACAGCAUCCUCACUGUUGUCAAAGAAGUGAUUGAAAAGAUUGAUCCCGACAGGUUGACAGAUGUGACGCCUGGCAUUGGAGGUCUGGUCGCCUCUUUUGUCAACAUGAUCUUGAUCUUCAUCCCUCAGGAUGACCCAGUGUUGAACGAGGUGAAGAAAGGGUUUGAAGAAGUGAACAGAAAGUUGGACUUGCUCUCCAUCCAGAUCUCAGACCUGGCAACAGACGUAGAAUGGUUUAACUACGCCAGUGUCUACUCUCAAGACGAGCUCCGCAUCCUCAACUCCUGGAAGAAGUUCAAUGAGCUUCUUCAGAACAGUCAGUUGGUACAAAGUGAAGAGCAGAAACUCCGACUGGCUGAGAUAUUCGUCAAAUACUAUGAGAACACAGGAACUGAAUCCAGUGUGGCCAACCUCUACCAUUACCUGACAGUCUCAGACACGUCUCUCAGUGGAAACCUCAACAAACUGCUGAGGAAGAAGUUUAAAUGUGACGUUCAAGAGAUCGGCAAAUAUAACGUCUAUUUCAGCAGUUUGCUGUGGAAGGGGAUGGUGCUGAACCAGUUCUACUGGAAACUGAUAGGGUUGGAUUCAUCGGGCAAAGAAGCCGAAAACACCCAGAUGUUCAAGAACGUCUCCACAGCUCAGAUAUUAGCUCUGGAAUACUGCCUGACCAACCUAUAG